CUUUGCAGACUCAUAUCUUCCAGCCGUUACACACUUCAAAGGGAACUUCAAGCAGAUCGGAGCGCAGCCUUUAUGAGGUCGCUUCUAUUGUAAAUUGAGCUGCGUCCGUGAUUAAAACAUGGGAUCAUGCAUUUUUAUCACCUUGGCUUUGUUUGUCUUUGGAAAUUCGGUUGGAUCCACUGAAGAUACACUUAGAUUUGUAACAGUUUUAUUUCGCCAUGGAGACCGUUCCCCAGUCAACGCCUAUCCAAAUGACCCUCACAAUGAGAGCGCAUGGCCACAGGGGUUUGGACAGCUUUCUCUGGAAGGAAUGAAGCAGCACUUUUACCUGGGCCAGUUACUGAGGAAACGCUACACAGGUUUCCUGAGUGAAAGCUAUUCUCGUUUUGAGAUUGCUGUACGAAGUUCGGAUUAUGAUCGCACUAUUAUGAGUGCUGCCUCAAAUCUUGCUGGUCUUUAUCACAAUGACCCAAGGAUGAUUCAUCCAGAUUUGCACUGGCGGCCUAUACCAAUACACACAGUCCCCCUGGAUGAGGAGAAGCUACUGUCCUUUCCUAUGGCAAACUGCCCACGCUACGAACAGCUUAUGAAUGAGACAGAAAAUUCAGAAAUUUACCAGAAGAAGAACGAAGAAAACAAAGAUUUCCUGAAGACGCUGCGGAAUAAAACUGGGCUGGAUUCACUUUCUCUUAAGACAGUGUGGAAAGUCUACGACACACUUUCCGCUGAGGAGCAUAAUAAUCUAUCCCUUCCACGCUGGGUGACUCCAGAGGUGAUGAAGAAAUUGAAGGUGCUGAAUGACUUUUCCUACGAGAUCUUUUUUGGCAUCUAUAAAAGGGAGGAGAAAUGCAAGCUACAGGGAGGUGUCUUGCUGGAUCGAAUUAUUAAGAACCUAACGGCUGCAGCUACUUUAAACUCACCUCAGCAGCUGAAGAUGAUCAUGUAUUCUGCACAUGACACAACCAUUCUAGCACUUCAAGAGGCACUUAAUGUGUCUAAUGGAUUAGCGCCACCAUUUGCUUCCUGCCACAUAUUCGAACUUCACCAGGAUCCUGAUGGAUCAUUCUCUGUGAAAAUGUUUUAUCAUAAUGAAAGCUCUGUGGCCAAGCUAUACAAUUUAACUUUACCCGGAUGUGCCCAUCAAUGCCCCCUGCAGGAGUUCAUUGAACUCACACGUUCAGUGAUUCCAAAAGAUUGGGACGAGGAGUGCCAGAUCAAGCCACAUGAAAGUGAUAAAGACAAUGAGACAAAGCUACUGUGUAGCUUUUUGGAUAAUUGGACACAUGAGGUCCCUGUGAAUAUGUCCUCCUCUGCUUACUCCAUUCGCCUAAUUCAAAGGCCCAGAACGGUCAUUAUUACGUGGUUUAAUUACAAAAAGCAGCAGAAGACAUUGAAUGUGGCCAGGAGAAAUGAAGAUGUGAGAUACGUGAAUCCACGAGUUAUCUUCUUUCCGGAUCUGUCAGCGGAGACUCUGCAGAACCGGCAAUAUUUUGCUCGAGUGAAAGCCCAGUUUCGGGCGUUGACUCGCUGUGGCAUGCAAGCUCAUGUGAUUAUCAAAUAUAACAAGAAAUGUAUGAGUUUUAAAACCAUUGCAGACGCAGAAGCCUACAUUAAAAGUGUCCGAGUUUAAUUUUUUUAUUUUACCUGAAAUACCAAUACAUUUCCUUCCUUCCCUUCCUUUCUUCCUUCCUUCCUUCCUUUAUUUUUACCACCUGAAGUAGGCAUAAGAUAUUUUUAUGUGAUUGUGUCUUACAUAUAGGGGAAUAAUGUCUGAAUGUCAAAAUAAAGCGGAACAAUUACAAGGACUCAUAAAGCACAUGCUGUGUAAAAAAAAAAAGAUAAAAAGUCUGACAGCAUCAUGGUUAAAUGCCAAAUGUUAUUCUAUAGCAUAUUUCUGUUAAAUUUUCUGUACUUGUUUUUUUUCUAACUUUGGUAUAAUUCAAGAUUUUUAUCAUUAUAAAAACAUCUUGCAACAGUUAAAAAGUAUGAAAAUGCUGCAAAAACAAAAAUUGGAUUUUUGCAUGUUAGAAUGUUAGUCAUAUUUACAAUUACAGCAAACUCCUGUUUAUAAUAAUUUUCGGUCUAAUAAUGCCAUGUAACAUUCACAUUAUUACAUUAUUUACAUUAUUAAUUACUGAUUCACAUUAUUCUAUGUAAACAGAUCUCAUAUGUCAUUUUACAAGCAUAUUCAAAUAAAUAAAAAAAUCUUUUAAUAAUAUCUUAACAUUUGAUACAUUGGAGGACCGAAACCAGUCUCAGAAAAUUUUCUGUCUGUAUGUCCAUAUGUCUAUCUGUAUGUCUGUCCAGACAAAUUUUGUCACAGCAUCGCACAAAACUGGCUGAAUAGAACGAAAAAAGAAUUUUGCCGUAGGUAUUUGCCUGCAGCUUAACCUGUGCUCUAAACGAAACUAAAAUGAUGUGUUGAUUACAACCAGAUGUUGAUGUGUUGAUGUGCCAGAUUACAAACCGGAAGUUAUAACAGCAUACUGCACAUGCGUCAAACUGUAGGGAUGUUUUAAAUCAACUGUAAUAACAUUUUUGCAUUAUUUGGAUAUCUGCCUGAAAUUUAACCUUCACCAUAAGUGAAAUCAACCUACUAAGACAUGGCUGUCCACCUUUACGAACAAGCUGGGUAAAGAGAGCAUUAAUCAGUCUGUAGAGAACAUGAGCUGAGUAUUAGCAAAAGAAAUGUAACCAACCAGAUCAGGAUAGAGCUUGUAUUGGAACAUAGGCUUCUAUCAAUAUUGCAAAAAUUGUUUGCUAAUACAGUAUACAAUGUUCUAAAAGACCAAGUAAAGACCAAGUUCAAGAUAUCCAUUCUUGGUGGUUGAUGAAGCAAGUACACAAGCAUACAUUGACAAAUAUUAGUGAAACAUUUCUGGUAAUCCUGCCAAAAGAUUUGUGGCUAAACUCACGCUAAAUUUGGAAUGGGGAAGAUGUGUCAAGAACCAAAAAGGUUGAACACAACUUCGGCCAGUGAUCCCUCAAAAGUUUCAGAGUUUAUGUUUUCUGAUAUGGAUAAUGUGAAUCAGUUUUAUUUUUUGAACAAUGAUGUUGCAGUUGUGCAAUUGCAUUAUGCAGAUGACACUAAUAAAACCUGGCAAUGUUAAUGUAUUGCUAUUUUACUACAGCAUAUGUGAGACUCGAAUUGUACAAUUUGAUUGAUCAAUUGAAGGAAAUAUGUUUAUACACUUAUACUGACAAUACUGAUGUUUGAUGCAAGAUGUUUUAAAGUUCUUACACUCAUUUUGCAUCGCUUUCUUGUAAGUCAAAAACUAUCCACACUCUGGUUAUAUUAAAAUAUCUGUUGGCUGCA